AUGACGGGGUACUCUCCAGUUCCAACGGGCCACGAUGCUAUCCCACCGCUGUCUGGAAGGAUUUGCUAUUCCUGGGAGCCGCUAGAGCAUUCGAGCAAGAGCGGCCAGUGCCUCGCCACCCUGGAGGGCCACAUGGCGGGGGUCACGUGCCUGCUGGCCGCGGACGGCAGCCUGCUCAGCGGCUCGGCGGACAGGACCAUCCGGCAGUGGGACCCCCGGACGGGCGACCUGGUGGCCAUCAUGGAGGGCCGCACGGGCAUCGCGUGCCUGCUGGAUAGCGGAGCCGCCUGCUUCAGCGGCAUGGCGCGCGGGUAUCCAAUGAGAUUUCCGCCACCACGGCUUCCUCCCAGCCCGGCGACGCCAUGCUCCGCGCAGGAGGAGACCAUGGAUGCGCGGGAUCUGAGCGGGAAGGAGGACGACUCGUCUUCGGAGGACGCGUCCGAGGAAGGGUUCGAUGAUCCGUGGUCGGGCGAGGCACGUCUGGUGAGGACGGCGGCCUUGCAGCGUACCGCCCCUGGUCCUCCCAACGCGCUGCGCGGGGCCGCCCGCGUCGAGCAGCGGACGCGCCGACGGCAGACCAUCCGCCCGGGCGUCGCCAAGCUCGGCAGGAGGCCCGGCGCCGGCCGCGGCAGCAAACUUCGUUGCGGGGGUGGCUCCACUUUUCCCGAGCUCUGGACCGGCCGGUCGGAGCGCGAGCGCCAACACCCCGGCACGCGGCCCGCUCGGCCAGAGUUCUUGGCGAUGGAGCUUGUCCAGUGCCCGCCUGGCUUGUCGUUUCCGGCCGUGGCCGAGAAGCCGAGGAGCUGGUCGAAGGGCGUGCCGGACAUGGUGCUGCCGCAGCGGUGGACAUCGGCCGAGGAGCUGGCCGUGUGCCUGCCCGGCAUGCUGCUCUCCAUCUCCUCCAGCCCGGAGCUGGCCCCGACGAGGCGAGCCUCGACGCCCUGGCCCUCGCGCGGCAUCCUCCGCAGGCGCAGCGAGCUCGCGCCCUCGCCCCGGCUGCUCGACGACGGGCUCGACGCGCCCUCGCCGAGGCCCGCGCACGCGCCGGCGUGCCUGCCGGGCAUGGUGUCGCCCCGGGAGCGUGAGACGACGCCGCCCGCGCCGAGGGCCCUGCGCGGCAUCCUCCGCGGCCGCGGCGCCGCGCGCGCGCCCUCGCCGAAGGCCGCGGCCCGCGCCGGGCUCGGCAGGCGCCUGCAGCUGAGCAGGCCAGGCAUGGUGAGCCUCCGAAGGGCCGUGGGCGCCCUGCGGGGCGGCGCCCCGAGGGGCCGCUCGGCGAGGGGCCGCUCCGCGGGGGCGCCGGAGCCCACGCGCGAGCGGGUGUGCUUCCGCCCCGUCGCCGAGGCCGACGUCCACCACGUGCCGGCGUACUCCAGCUACUACGGCGUCGACCCAAGGCUCUUCGAGUUCGACCGGAAGGGCAUGAUGCGGCUGACGGACGAGGGCAUCGUAGAGGCGUUCCGGCGCAAAGAGGCAGGCCUGCCCCCACUGGACCUGGAGAUGGGCGACGAGAGCGGCCUGAGCAGAAGUGAGUCUUGA